CCCAAACCCUGGUCUGCUGGACUGACAUAAGCGCAAGAAGUCAUGACUGGUUGUCACAUGGUCUCCAACUGUCCCCUGAGCGGAGCUAGCUGCGCCUCUGCCUCUGGAGAGCGAGUCUGAUCCUUGUGAAGUUUGUGAUCGGUGAGCGCACACCUUCGCAGCGAAAAUGUCCAAGAUGACGCCUGACUGGUAAGGACACUACACUUUACCAGCUGUCCAACCACGACCGCGUGCGAUCCUACAAUACAUGUAGCUCAGGCCGACUUUUUCGCUUUUCAGGCGCUGGCCGCAGAUCUACAUGCAAGAACUGCAUCCGAGUUGAUUCAGUUCGUUCCUGCAUAAUCUUUACGUCGCUUGCGACUAAUUACUUUCGCCCAUUCUUGAGUUUGACCGACGAUUGGGAGAAGGAAGCGAACGCUUCUGGGAGUGGAGUGAGAGUGAAGAGACCGUGACAAUGGCCCAGCCGUAUCAAAGCAUCUCAGCGUCGGAUGGUGACGGAAAACCGUACGGAGAGCAGGUACCCACGGCCGCUCCUCUCACAGCAGCCCCAUCGUAUGGCGCGGCCCCCACGGCGAACAGCGGGACUGCAUACUACACUAGCCGACCGCCGCUGACGGAUCGUCAUGGCGAGAGUAACUCGCUGGUGGGCGACACGCACAACAGGGCAGCCCCGGGCGAGGACGAAGAGGAGGAUUACCUCAAGGAGUUUGUUCGCUCUGAUUUCGAGGACGUUAUUCACGAGCAACCUGGAACUCGCAUCCUGGAGACCUGCCGCACUGUCAACAAACUGACGUACACCUGGGCUAAGCUCAUCUGGUAUCACAUCUUCACGCUGACGUUCGGCAUCCUACUCUCGUUCUGGUGGGCGUUUUGGUUUGCGCUGUACACGCACUUCAUCAGCUGGUGGUACUACCCAUUCUAUCGUCUCUUUAAGAUGACUAUCUACAUGUGGGCGGUGCCGUACAGAGCCAUGUGUCGCGCCUUCAUGCACCCCCUGUACGAAGCAAUUGCGCUGACGUUCAGCAACGUACGCGUCAAGCUUCACCACAAGACCGAAGUCGUGCAUCCCAUCCAGUCCGCAUAAUGGUACACAGUACUGCAUGUGGGUUUAUUGGGUGUUAGCGGCCGUCGUGAGUUCCCUUCGGGAACGGACACGAUAAUUUACUUUUUUUAGGUUUUUUUUACAUGUGGGUCGCCGAAGAACUGGGGGAGCGGGUCAGCCUCCUACCCUAGGCCAUUCGUAUGUUCAUGUGCUGCAUACAGUCUAUGCACAGUUGAGUCAAUGCGUAUACCAUGGUAUGCUGUGCUUUUUUGAAAUUCUAGCCGUGUCGCUCUUCGGCACUCCGUUCUCCAUCACGUUACAGUACUCUGUGCCUGUCACAAUCUCAUGCCUAUCAUUAUCAUAGCGCUAUGAUGUUCGGAUCGUAUUACAGACCUCCACUUCUACAUAUAUAUUUCAUGGGACACGUUGGUCCAUUAAACUUCGGCAAAUUACCUUACCACCUGCGUUGGCUAGGCUAGUUCUAUGUGAUUUUCUUGAAGGUUACGCAUCAGUGAAGAAGAGGUUGGUGUGACUUC